AUGCUCGGACACUGCCUUGACCCAAAUGAAUCUGUGCGCAAAGCGGCGCACCAUCUAGUUGGAGAGCAUGUCUUCGAUGGCCUUGGCUUCGUGAAGGAGCUGGUCGCAGACACUAUGCUCAGUCAUAUGCGAGACAUCUUGUCAGCCAGAGGAGAGACACAGGUGACCUGGGAUCGCAUGGAGCGGUGCAUGGUUCAUCUCGAAGGGCUCCUACGAUCGCUGACGAAGCGUCAGCGUCAGGAAUGGGCAUCUGUUUUGGUCAGACUCCUGCAUAGCCUGCAAUCAGCUGCAGCUCCACUCAGGGCCACUCGCCAGAAGUUGAUGGUUCACAAACUGAAGCUCCUUUGGUGUGCUGACGGCGAUCCCAAGCGAACUUACGCGUAUGAAGAGCUGCAGCUGCAGGCCUGCUCGAAGUCGCCGAACUUCGAGGAUGUGAGGCAAGACUUGAAACUCCUCCUAGUAUGCUGCUAA